GGCUCUUAGACAACAUGGCGGUGGCCGUGGUGCAGCACCCGGGUUGAGCGACCGCGAGUGCAAGUGGGCUCCUAAGCGGGGCGAGGGGUGGCCUCAACCGGGGAGCAGAGGAUCACAAACUCUCCUCAACCCGUUCCUGUCUCCGAUCUCACCCGAGUUCCACUGGUCCCCUCCGCGCGGUGUGUCCACCGGCGCGGGGACGCAUGAUAGAGCCCGGCCGCCAUCCCCCGGCUCUGUGCUUCGGGGCAAGCUCCUCUCGUGUGUCCAGGCUCAUCACCCUCGCUUGGGUUCCCUCCUUUCUCCAGCCUCCUCCCCUCGCAGGUGGGAUCGUCGGUGGGACAGUAGCGCGGGCGGGCGCGGCCCCCCGGGACCAUGUCCGGGUCCGACACCGCGCCCUUCCUCAGCCAAGCGGAUGACACGGACGACGGGCCAGCGCCCGGCACCCCAGGGUUGCCGGGGUCCAUGGGGAAUCCGAAGUCCGAGGAUCCCGAGGUCCCGGACCAGGAAGGACUGCAGCGCAUCACGGGCUUAUCUUCGGGCCGUUCGGCUCUCAUAGUGGCCGUGUUGUGUUACAUCAACCUCCUCAACUACAUGGACCGCUUCACCGUGGCUGGCGUCCUUCCGGACAUUGAGCAGUUCUUCGACAUCGGAGACGGUAGCUCCGGCCUCAUCCAGACCGUGUUCAUCUCCAGUUACAUGGUGUUGGCACCUGUGUUUGGCUACCUGGGUGACAGGUACAAUCGGAAGUAUCUCAUGUGCGGGGGCAUUGCCUUCUGGUCUCUGGUGACACUGGGGUCGUCCUUCAUCCCCAGAGAGCGAUUCUGGCUGCUCCUCCUGACCCGGGGCCUGGUGGGGGUUGGGGAGGCCAGUUACUCCACCAUCGCGCCCACCCUCAUCGCUGACCUCUUCGUGGCAGACCAGCGGAGUCGGAUGCUCAGCGUCUUCUACUUUGCCAUCCCGGUGGGCAGUGGUCUGGGUUACAUUGCAGGCUCCAAAGUGAAGGAUGUGGCUGGAGACUGGCACUGGGCUCUGCGGGUGACGCCAGGUCUAGGAGUGUUGGCUGUUGUGCUGCUAUUCCUGGUAGUACGGGAGCCACCAAGGGGAGCUGUGGAGCGCCACUCAGACUCACCACCCCUGAACCCCACCUCGUGGUGGGCAGAUCUGAGGGCUCUGGCAAGAAAUCCCAGUUUCAUCCUGUCUUCCCUUGGUUUCACUGCUGUGGCCUUCGUCACGGGCUCCCUGGCUCUUUGGGCCCCUGCUUUCUUGCUGCGUUCCCGUGUGGUCUUGGGGGAGACCCCCCCCUGCCUUCCUGGAGACUCCUGCUCUUCCUCUGACAGUCUCAUCUUUGGACUCAUCACCUGCCUCACCGGGGUCCUCGGUGUGGGCCUCGGCGUGGAGAUCAGCCGCCGCCUCCGCCGCUCCAACCCCCGGGCUGACCCACUGGUUUGUGCUGCUGGCCUCCUGGGCUCUGCACCCUUCCUCUUCCUGUCCCUCGCCUGCGCCCGUGGCAGCAUCGUGGCCACCUACAUUUUCAUUUUUAUUGGAGAGACACUGUUGUCCAUGAACUGGGCCAUCGUGGCUGAUAUUCUGCUGUACGUGGUGAUCCCCACACGACGCUCCACUGCCGAAGCCUUCCAGAUUGUACUGUCCCACCUGCUAGGUGAUGCUGGGAGCCCGUACCUCAUUGGUUCGAUCUCUGACCGCCUCCGCCGGGACUGGCCCCCCUCCUUCUUGUCCGAGUUCCGGGCCCUGCAGUUCUCGCUCAUGCUCUGCGCCUUUGUGGGGGCGCUCGGGGGUGCGGCCUUCCUGGGCACCGCCAUCUUCAUUGAGAGCGACCGCCGGCAGGCUCAGCUGCACGUGCAGGGUCUGUUACCUGAGGCCGAGUCCACUGAUGACCGGAUCGUGGUGCCCCAGCGAGGACGCUCCACCCGGGUCCCCGUGUCUAGUGUGCUUAUCUGAGGGAUCACCGCUUGCUGUCUGCAGACCUAUCACAGCUGGCCCCCGGCCCACCCCGGGAGGUGCCCAGGGCCCACCUCCUCGGCUAGCCCUUUUUCUGGGAGGGGCCUUGGGCCAUGUUCCAGCUCCCACACACUACAUGGGUGGCCAGGUGGGGACACUGGGGGCUCGGGACAGGGGAGCCCCCGCCACUGGAGCAGCCCCGGGGCUCGGUGCUAUUUGUAACUGAAUAAAAUUUGUAGCCAGAC